AUGGGCGAGAUGGUGAAGCUGCAGGAGUGGAUUUCCCGCCAGGGGCUGCGCGUGGUGGUGCUCUUCGAGGGGCGCGACGAAGCAGCCAAGGGCGACCUCAUGGGCGCCAUCGCUGGGCCGCUCAACCCGCGCAUGUGCAGCGUCACGGCGCUGGGCGUCCCUUCCGACCGCGAGCGCACGCAGUGGUACUUCCAGCGCUUCGUCGCUCACCUGCCGGCUGCCGGCGAGAUGGUGCUGCUGGGCCACAGCUGGUAUGCACAUGCAGGCGAGGAGCACGUGAAGGGACUCUGCUCUGACACUGAAUACCACGACUUCCUGCGCCCGUGCCCCGAGUUUGAGCGCAUGCUGGCGCCGUGGUUCGUGGUGCCUGCGGACGAUGAGAGGCGGGCGCGGCUGAAUGUGUUGGCGCACCUGCUGGCGCAUAUCCCCUAUGAGGACCUGCCGCUGCCCCACAGUGUGGCUCUGCCGCCGCUGCAGCAGGACUUUCAUGUGCGCCCACCCGUGUCGGACCAGACCCACGUGCCGCAGCUGUUUUGA